AUGUUUGCCCGUCGUUGUGCCCGUCUCGCCAUCGCUCGAACGGCUGUGCCCUUGACCUCGUACUUAGCUCGCGUCCGGCCGUACUCGUCCGCUGCUCCGAGCUAUGAGCACAUCCUCACCUCGAUCCCCAAACCUGGCGUUGGACUGAUCACAUUGAACCGGCCCAAGGCGCUUAACGCGCUCUCCAGUCCGCUUUUCAAGGAGCUGAACGCAGCACUAGACAACUACGACAAUGACAAGAGCAUCGGUGCAAUUAUUAUCACCGGAAGCGAGAAGGCAUUCGCAGCCGGCGCCGACAUCAAAGAGAUGGCUCCACUGAGCUUCUCCGCCGCAUACAACGACAAUUUCAUCGCGCCAUGGUCUCACCUCAGCAAUGCGAUCCGCACACCAGUCAUCGCAGCCGUUUCAGGCUACGCGCUCGGCGGCGGCUGCGAGCUGGCACUGAUGUGCGACAUCCUUUACUGCACCAGCAAGGCAAGCUUUGGACAGCCCGAAGUCAAGCUCGGCACCAUUCCUGGCGCCGGUGGAUCGCAGCGCUUGACGCGGGCGAUCGGCAAGAGCAGGGCCAUGGAAUUGAUUCUGACGGGCAGGAACUUUAGCGGUAAGGAGGCCGGCGAGUGGGGAGUGGCGGCGCGCGUGGUCGAGGGUGGCAAGGACGAGCUGCUGGAGGAGGCGCUGAAGACGGCCGAGACUAUCGCUGGGUAUAGUCGCGUGGCGGUCCUUGCUGCCAAGGAGGUCGUGAAUAAGAGUCAGGAGCUAUCGCUGCGGGAGGGCGUCGAGUACGAGCGUAGCUUGUUCCAUGGGUUGUUUGGCAGUAAGGACCAGAAGAUUGGUAUGACUGCUUUCGCGGAGAAGAAGAAGCCCGAGUGGUCGCACGAGUAA